CGAACGACCACGGAGAUACGAGGUUCGAAAGAGGCAGCCAUAGAGGCGGAAAGGGAAGACGAAGCAGAGUGGAAGGCUUACACAGACGGCUCGGGCAUUGGUGGACACAUAGGUGCGGCGGCAAUCUUAUACCGGGCCGGCACUAAAGUGGCAACAACGAGGAAACACUUGGGCAGCGCGGCGCAUCACACGGUAUACGAAGGCGAGGGAAUCGGGCUGAAUCUAGCCGUCGGCCUACUGAGAGCGCAGCAAAACGUGGAGGGGAACAUAUCCGUUUUUGUUGACAACACGGCGGCGAUCAUGGCCACACACAACACGACCUCAGCACCCUCGCAUUACAUAUGGGACGCCCUACACAAGGCCUUCGAACAGCUACACGAAACACACCCGCGAGCCCGCGUCACCUUCAAGUGGGCUCCAGGCCAUAAAGAUAUUCAGGGCAAUGAGGCGGCAGACGAAGAAGCAAAGAAGGCGGCGGACCCAGGGACACAAAGCGACGGCAACGCAUACUUAUGCCGGCCCCUACGUGGCACGCUCCCACGCAGCAAAUCAGCGACAAUCCAGGACUUCCACGAAGGACUGAGGACCCGAACCCAGAAUGAAUGGGUCACCUCGCCUAGAUACCCCCGCCUACGCGCGCUGCUACCCAAACCACUAGCAGGACUAUGGCUAAAACACAUCGCAGCCCUUCCCAAGACGCACGCAUCCAUCAUGAUUUGGUUACGCACGGGCCACCUGCCACUCGCGCGACACCUGCACACCAUAAAACGCGCCGACUCACCAGUAUGCCCUUGCUGCCACCGCGAAGACGAAUCCGUAUGCCACUACCUCCUGCACUGCCCAGCGCACGCCAACGCCCGGGGGAACUUAAUACGGCGCGCAGGCCGCCACGCCCAGGACCUCGAGAAACUUCUAUCGCGACCUGACCUCACCCGCCACCUACUGCGUUUCGUCGCCCAAACCGGCCGAUUCAGAGCGAUAUUCGGCGAAAUAGAGGACCUCCCAGAACCGACCCCACAACGAAAGCGGCCGAAUCCACGCCCGGCCCCAACCCGAACAAGGCGCACCACCCGGCAGGCAACCAGACGACAAGCGUGA